GCUCCCGCGUCUCAGGCCCUCGUGUCUCGCUGGUCUCCACAGCUCUCCCGACCCCCCUGGGCGAGGCGCACAGCCCGGACACCUCACCCGUGGGCUGGGACUGCAGCUCCGAUGCCUCUUUUGUCACCGCAGUGGAGGACCCAGACCAAGACAGAACCGCCCGUGGGGUCGGGUCACUGACCCAGACCUCGCAGGGGGCACUGGGUGUGCCUCCUCCUCGGGGGGACACAGACUCUGCAGGUCGCCCACUGUGGUCAGCCGGACAGGAGACAGAGCUGGGUGCCCAUCUCCAGGCUCUGACCCUCACCUCCCCAGAGGACGCAGCUGGCCAGCCUCCCCUCUGCUCUCCAGCCCUGCCUGAUGGGAGCCCAGUGCACAGCCCCCCUCAAGGACCACUGCCUGCCUCCCCCCACUUCCAGACAUCCUUUGAUAAUGAUGUGGCAGCCCUGUGGCUGACAGAAGAUGAGGAGGGGGCCUCUGGGGCCGGGGACUCUGUCCUUUCUUUCCAGUCUCAGCCUGUCUCUGCCAUGUCAGACCUGGAGCUGCUGCGGGCACUCCGAGCCCUGGGCACCAGUCCUGGCCCCAUCACACCCUUCACCCGGCCACACUAUCUCCGCCGUCUGGAAGAAGCCUACGCUGCUUCUGGCCCAGAAUUUUCAGGACACAGCCCAGAGCUGGCUGAGGCCCUACGAACAGGCUGUGUCCCAGACUCCCAGGCAGAUGAAGACUGCCUUGCCCAGCAAUUUGGACGGCCUAAUCCCACAAAGAGGUGGCGGGAGGGGACUGCGAAGUCCAGCUUCAUAUAUCUGCUGCUGGACCCCAGGGAAACACAAGACCUGCCAGCUCGAGCCUUCUCACUGACCCCGGCUGAGCGCCUUCAGACUUUUGUCCGAGCCAUUUUCUACGUGGGCAAGGGGACACGCACCCGGCCAGAUGUUCACCUCCGGGAGGCCCUUGGGUAUCGAGGGCAGCCAAGAAAACAAGCCUGCCCCAAGGUGAGGCAGAUCCUGGACAUCUGGGACAGUGGCCGCGGUGUCGUCUCCCUGCACUGCUUCCAGCACGUGGUGGCUGUGGAGGCGUACACGAGAGAGGCGUGUCUCCUGGAUGCCCUAGGAAUCCAGAGGCUGACCAACCAGAAACAAGGGCACUACUAUGGAGUGGUGGCGAGCUGGCCACCUUCUCGGCGCCGGCGCCUGGGGGUUCACCUGCUGCAUCGUGCCCUCCUGGUCUUCCUUGCUGAAGGGGAGCGAGAGCUGCGGCCUCUGGACAUCCAGGCCUAUGGCUAACCCUACACCCUUGGCAGCCCAGAGGAGAGUGGGCGUGCAGACGUCUGGGGCCAAAGACAUCCCACCCCACCACACACAGGCCAACGCGUGGCCCUGAGUUCCCCGUCGUGGGAGGAACUGGAAGGAGCACUCACUGCUUGUCUUCCUGGAUGGCCUGCUGUCACCUCCCAGGCACAGGCGGAGGUCACUCUGGUCCUGUUUGGGACUGAGCCAGUAUGGGCUGUGUGUGGGCCCUAGCAGGGGUCCUUCAGGGGACUCAAUAAAGACAUGAUGGUGA